AUGGGCGGUGCUGCUGCCGUAUCUUUUCUUCAAUUUCUACAAGCGAUAGUAAAACGCUAUGUCGGCCCCGUGGGCUUUACUGAAAGCCAGAAUAGCCGCAAGAUGUUUGAAGUGGACGUCCCUGACACGGGAACGGACUUCUUUGCAGACGAGUUGAUGGAGACAGAGAAAUGGGCACUUAUCCAGUGCUUCUUAGAUGUUGUGUCCAAUAGCAUUCGUAUGCCCAACGCCGGUCGAUUGGAUAGCCACGUAAAGGAGGACCUCACUGCUGUAUACAUGAUGAUUGCAAUAGGAGCCCAAUGCAAAGGCAGAACUCAGGAAGACCUCUUAUGUGCAGCAAGAUACUUCUGUCAAGCCAGGAAAAUGGCGUUUGGUGGUUUUCUAGAGGAUCCAACGGUCUAUAUGGCCCGUGACUUUUUGCUGAUGGCCUUCUAUAUGUUCGGAGCCUGCCGUCGAAAUGCAGCCUUUAUGUAUAUCGGAGUAGCAGCAAGAGCUUCUAUAGUUCUUGGGCUACACAUUUCUGGACAGUACAGACAGAUGCCUUCAGAGGACAGGGCUAGAAGGCUACGGAUCGGUAAAAGCAUUCGAGUUCUCGAUCUCGUCUCCAGCUCUAUCUUAGGCAGACCUGGAAGCACAUCGUCACUCCGCACCGAUGAUGUCCAUGUAGAUGAUUGCGACCAUGAAGCUAGUCAUCGCACUUCAGCCCUCAAUGCUGCGUACGAGGCCUCCUCGGUGCUGGAGGCCAUUGUCCAGAGGCUGACUGACGGAGAGAAGUUGGACGCGAAUUCUGCCGACCACUUCCUGCAAAUCUGGCGUGAAUGGAGUCAAGCACUGCCCGACAGACUGCGCCUACGACCGCGGAAAGAACCCGAUCUGGGCUCAAAUCCAGACUAUCGAGAAAAUAUGAUUGGGAACAUCCAUGUCGCCUGCACUUACUAUUUCGGCGUUAUCCUUGUGACUCGUCAAUCCUUGAUCCAGCACAUUAUGCCGCAAAUUCGCAGCAAGCGACCAAGGAAGAUGAGCCUCCGUCAAGAUUCCAGCGAAGGAAAUGAGAAAGUUGCUGAAUUGUCAAGCGUGUGUACUGAUGCUGCGACCUACAUGGCACAAAUGUGCUGUGAUGCGGCCGAGGCUGGAAUACUAUGGGGGAACAUGUGUAUCUUGAAAGCAUGGCUUUUUGCAGCCGGCCUGGUCUUGGGAUUUUCUCUUCUCGCAGAAGGGCAGACGACUUCGGAAAUUUGCGAUGCCUUUCACGGCGCACGCCGUCUGCUCGGGUCACUAGGGCACUUGAGCCCUCAGGCGGCACAGUACCAUCGUAUUCUCACGAGCUUUUCUGAGGCCAUCGAUGUCUACCGCGAGCGGCUACGGCGUGAGCGGCACGAGUCCAGAACGCCAUUUGUUGAACGGAUAUUGACUCUGGAUCCGAGCAGUGACACCAAUGGUGAUCAGCAAAACAAUCAAGAACUAGCACCUAUCGACACAGUGAAUGGUGAACCAAGAGUGGGAGAGAACGAAGAUGAGUCCUUCAUGGACUCACUCUCCGGCUUCCUGAGUCUACGAGAAACAUCUGACUGGCCGCCACCGCUGGGGAAUGACGACCUAAUGCUACGCCUCUUUUGGGAAGGAUAUGCCCUCAACUUCACAGACUAUCUCCCACCUGAUGAGACAGUACCUCCUCCUACUUGA